CAGCAUAUAGCUGGUGCUGAACUUUGUCCUACCCCCAGAUAGGAAAACAACAGGCAGAGUAUAAAAGGGGGGAGCAGUGGAGGAAGAGACUUGUUUUUGUUCAAGGAGUUGCAGCAACACAGAGCUGAGCAAAGAGAAGAAAACUUUUUCAACCGGAGGAUUGGGGCAGUGAGGAGGCACCAAAGGGAUGUGGGCGUGCCUCAGCCUGCUCAUCACUCUCUGCCUGCUCCAUGGGGGCGGUGCAGAGAGUGAUGGGGGCGGGCCUCGCUGUAAGCCGCCCCCAGCCUGGAAGAUCGGGGAGGUGGAGCCAAUGAAGGGGGCAAUGAGCCAGGUGACGGUGGUGGCUCUUUUUCAGGCCAGCUGAUUGUUCUGCUUGGUGCAGGCUUCCAAAAUGGAUGGCCUGCGCCAGGGGCUGGAGAGUCAGGGUCUGAAGAAUGUGGUCUAUAUGGUGGUUAACCAGAAGGACCCGCAAGCACAGCGCCUGCACGGCAUGUUGGCUUCGAGACUGUCAGAGAACAUCACACUCUACAAACAAGAAGAGCAACAGCCUGAUGUUUGGCAGACACUGGGUGGAGAGAAAGACGACUUUCUCAUUUAUGACAGGUGCGGCCGUCUCACCCACCACCUUUCUCUUCCGUACACCAUCUUAGGACAAGGCCACGUUGAGGGUGCGAUCAAAGAUACCUACUGCAAACGCCUAUGUGGGGACUGCACAUAUGAGAGCGCUGAGACACCAGAGGAGUGCACAGAGAGAGCAGAUGCACAGCCUGACGCAGAUGUUCCAACAGCUGUAGACACCGGGCACACUCACGGUCAUGAUCACGGCCAGGGUCACCAUCAUGGACAUCAUCAUGGUCAUGGCCACCAUGGCGAUAAUCAAGGUGUUCACCCCCAUGACCAUAAUCAUAACCAUGGUCAUCAUAAUGGCCAGCAAGGUGUUAGACUUCAGGGGCAUGAGCAUGAUAGUGGGGUAUCUCAAAAGCAACAUCCUGUAGAUUUAGGCCAGGUGAUGCAGCAACCAGCGCACAUGCAGCAGAUGUCACAGGAUGCCCAUGGGGCCCUUGUGGUUCCCUGAGCACAAGAGAAGGCUAGGUGAAAGUCAAAGCACAGCUGACAGUGGACAGCAGGCUCAGACAACGAAGCCUCUCCUAAAGCCAGCUGAUGCUGACACUGACGCAGGCUGUUUGGCGAUGCAGGGAGCGAUCAGCCGGUCGGUCUGUGACACUGUGACGAGGCGCUGCCCGCCUCCUGACAGUGACAUGGACUGACUGGCGAUGCAGCCAAUAAUGUCAGGGAGACCUGACAGUGACGCUCGCCUCCUGCUGACUGACAGCAGCCUCAGCCAGCUCAAUGAGCCUGACCCCCAGGUGUGAGCUGAGGAUGAGAGCAGCUGUAAGCUGGCUCUGAUAUCAGCCUCAUGUUAAUACCAGCCAGAAACACCGGGGCCAAGCGCUCUUUUUACCAACAAGUAUUACCCUGGGAGAUGGCGGGGCAAUCCCUGACAGCAUGCAUUUGUUAGAUGAACAUGAAUCCAACAUCACAAUGAUAAAAAAUAAAAUAAACACAGAAAGCAAAGCAUGCAUUUGCAGCUUUUUAAUUCGGUUUAACUCGGUCUCACCUGUCUCCUCAUGUCUGUCAGUGGGUUGCUCUCACUCUUUUCCCAGGAGUGUAUGUGGUUGGCAUGUUCACAAGCUACCUCCUCCAUUUUGCUCUCUCCGUCCUUUAUGAAACCAGGCGCAGAAACUACGCUCUAGUGGCGUCUGUUUGAAGUCAGGCAGGAGAGAGAGGAGAGGGUAGUUCAGGAACAUGACAAACACUUUAAACAUUUCAAAAUUGAGUAUAAAAGGAUAUUUGAGGGAACAAACAUUUAGAUAGAAUCUGCAAAAUCUGCCAAAAAAGGAACCAAAUUAUGAAGAAUAAGAGAAGCUACUAUCACAGGAUAUCAGAUUCUGUGUAUCAAACAAUUACAUGAAAGCACUGGUCUAUCACUGGGAGAAAAAAAAAUUCUAAAUAUCUUAAAAAGUAAAUAUUCAUACCAGUGAUUUGUUUGUCUGAAGCACAUGCUAUCUAACAUUGUUUUGAGCACAUAAAAUGGCAAUAACUACCAUGAAUGUCUUUCUUUCUGUAUUUGACUUAAAGAUUGCUUAAACAUAUCAGGUGUAUCCUUUACUACAAACUACUAAAUGUUGAGUGGCAUUCCUUUAUAUGUUUUCUUUGCAUUUUCUAACAUUUUGCUGUGUAGGUUGAAAAUUGUACACAUUUAUUCAAGGCUUGCCUAAAAAAUAAUAAAAGACUCUGAUGUUUGGAAAAAGUAAGAGGGAAAAUGAGAGUGAAGCAAUGAAUGAAUGUUGGAAUACACUCUGUACUUAAUGAUGGUUUCUGUGGGAAGAUAACUGUCACCCUGAAAACUUGACACUUGCACAGAGAACUGUAUUAUGUGAAUGCUGUCAAACAUGGAAACUGAGAGUUGAAUAAAGAUUGAAGAGCUACA